AUGUCUCGACUUCCGCCUGCUGAGAAACUUCCCCUUGCUGUCCGCAAAAACAUUCGAGACAGCUGGGAGAACACCAAGGAAGACCACGAAAAGAAACUCUCAGAGACUCUUGGUCAGCCAUGGACUAUCAAUAUUGAUCCUAAAGCCCUUUACCCCUAUGCCGAAGAGGGUUCGUGGGGCCACACUUCCAUGGGUGAUCUCAUUGUCAGCUACGUUGAAGGCGUUCAAUAUCAACUGGACUACUUCAUUGGGCAGAAUGGGGAUGGAGCUAAGGAUGAGAUCAACGAGAUCUGCUCCGGCCAUGUUCUGACCAUGGACUUUGAUGAGAAGAAUACUGUAUCGUACUGUGGAGCCAAGGUUGGCCCUGAGGGUGAACUCAUCAUCCUCUUCACCAAAGGCAACUUAGGUACCAACACCAGCUAUGCUGCUGACACCAACAACCUCACCAAGGCCUUGAACGAGGCUCCUUCAACUGUCCGACCCAUGAGCUAUGUUGCCAGAGCCUCUAUCAGAAGCGACUAUGACCCCAACGUUCAACAGAUCCAAGAAAAGCUGAACAAGAUCCUUGGUCAAGAGAUCGCCAUCGUCCCUAACUUUGAGGCCAACUUCGAAAAGCUCAAGGCCAAGGCUAAUGCUGAUAGCGGUUGGGAGCAAAACUUUGGAAGAUCUCAUUUCUCUUACCUUGAAGGCUUGGUCUCGCAGCUUGAGUAUGACAAGUUCGGUGAGGAUGACAUGCUUCAGGAGGGACUCCUCGAGGCUAUGGAGAAGCAUGCUGUUCACGUCCGUGUUGUGGACCAGACCAAGAGGUCCUACAACGAGACUGUCAUUGAGGACGGUAUUCUCUACCUUCAGACUUCUCCUUCAGAUUUUGGUGUCAACGUUCAUCAAAUUUCAAGUGAUCUUGUCAAUAUUCUGUAG